UUUCAAACAUAAAAUGCGGCAAAGUUCUGAAUUUUACCUGAAUGCAGCCAGGAAGCAGCAGGACCUGAUCUCUGGGCUGAAGAAUUCCUCCAGCACUUCCUUGCUCGAUAAUUUCGGAGAUAAGAUAAAGAAAACAUCAGGGAAUAAUUUCAGCUUUAAUAAGAAGAAGGGCAGCCAAGUUGAAUUUGCAUUACCAAGUUUUGACGAACAGAUUGAGCAGAUUCAUCCUUAUAAGAAUAUUACGAAAGGAAAGCCAUUUGAGUAUGAUUCGAAUUAUGAUACGAAGAAGAUCCUUGGUGAAGCAAGAUAUCGGCUCUCCAACAAGAAUAGUUCUAGAGAGGACAUUGACCAGUCAGAUACCAGUGAUGAUAACCAGAUGGGAACUUUUACUAGUCUUGACCAGCUUAAGUUUAUUAACAGUCAAAUUAAGGACUCUAAGGAUAGGCUAGAAGGUCUUAAAUCCAAGCAGGACGAGCUUAUGACUGAGAUAAAAGAAUGGUCGGAAAAAUAGAAAAUUUGACGAACAAGAGAUUUCUUUUAAGAGACAACUCUCUGACUGUCUGAACGAAAAGGCUGACGUUAAAGAACAACUUGAGCUUAAAGAGCAAGCUUAUAAUAACCAGCUUGAUAAAAUGCACCAAGAGUUAGAAAAUUUACAACAAAUUAUUAAGGAAAAACAAGAAAAUGAAGAUGAGCAGGAGAUCAGUAAGCUCAAGGAGUCUAGGAAGCUCUUCACGGAUAAUCUCAAACAGAUCAAAGAGGUCUAUGGGCAAUGCUACGAGCAAUUCCAGAUGGGCAAUGAAGACAAACUUGCCAAGAUGAUCACUCGAGUAGACCUAGUAGCAGAAAUUGAAGAAUAUGAAGAAAUCAUCGAAAAUAUGAUUAAUUACAACUCAAAUUAUUCCAAAGAGGAGAUUGAAUUUGUAAUGAAGAAUAUCCAAAAUUUGACCCUCCAAGAUCUGAAACAAUUUGUGCAGAGAUACAAACAAAAGCUCAUCAGCACAGAAGACGACGAAGAGGACUCUAUCAUUGAAGAGUUUGGCCAAAUGAGAAUUUCUAUGUUCCUGAAAGACGUAUGCAAGAGUUUAAAGAAUGAGGUCCAAAAGAACCAAGACCUUGAAGCCUCUCUGCUAAGUGAAGGCGACUUUAAAGCUCAAAAUGACAUAGUUGACAGACUUGAGGAGCUUGAGGCAAUUACUACUGCUCGAAUUCCAGUCCUUUCAGAUGAAGAAGUGAUUCUAAACAUCCAACAAAUCUGUGACUCUCUGGAUAUUAAAAUAAAUCUCUCUGAGCAGACAAAGUGUAUUCUUAAAAAAUCCAGAAAAUGCUUCCUUGCUAUUAAGUUUAAGCUAUCUGAAAUAAAAAUUGAAAUCGAAAAGACUGAGGAAUGCCUCAACAGAAAUAUCCAGGGCUCUAAUAUAAUCGUAUCAAACCAGGAAAUUCUAGUUUCAACAAUGAGUGAUCUCCAAAUCUCAAAAUUAGAGGUGGAAGGAAGUAUCAGAGAAGUUGAUGGAUCCAUCGAUGAUCAUCAGGCCAAGCUCGAGCAGGACUACCUUCUUACAAACAACGGAGAUCCUUGACUUUGAAUCUCAAUGGAGGAACUCCUUCAAAGACUUGAAGACAUGAGCAUGAAGAUUAUAUCUUUUGAAGAAGAAUUCCAAAGAGAGAAAGAAGACGAUCAGAGAAAAGCAGAGCUAGAUGAGCUAGAGCAAGAGCUUAGAGACAAAAUUGAUCAUCUUCAAAAAUAAGAAGAAGGACGACCGUAUUUACAUGCUUGAGAAAGCAAACGAGCUUGAUUCCAUCCGCCAAGAGAUGGAGAAAGAGUAUUAUAAAAAUCUCAACCUGUCAAAGCAGAAGAAGAUACUUAAAAGGACAAGUGUUAAUAGGCCAAAGGAGUUGAGGCCUGAUCUUUUUAAGUCAAUUGACCGGAACGAGAGUUACAGGUCCAAGCAAAACCAAAGUUCUAUUGAUCUAGACACAAAGAUUGAUAUCAGAGAUAUUGAGAAUACCGACCCAAAUAUAGAGCAGAAAUUUGAAGAUUCCUCAGUGAAUGUAAUUUUUCAAUCCCCUGUGAUGAAAGAGGAUAACCAAAGAAGAGCUAAGCUGAAAGACCCAAGAAUAGAAUCAAAGGCAUUCAAGCUGAAGAAUCCUGAUAAUUAUCAGCUCAAGAAAACUGUGCAAAGAUCUUUCUCAAAAGGAGGGAGCCGAUCCAGCCAAGUCAUGAACCCUCUCACUGAUUCUUACGACUUACAGAUGAAUAAUUUAGAGAGAUAUGCAUCUGUUGGGAAUUUUAAUAAGAAGCCUAAAAUUAAAAAGAAGAAGAUCCGAAAUAGCUUCCGUUAUAUGACAUCAUCUAAUUCUAAUAGAGGAGGGAAGAACCUCAAAGAUUCUUCUAUUAAUAGAGUGUUGACUGAAGUAAACUCUGAGUCCCAAAUUGGGAAAAUACCUUAUGGUGAUCAUCAAAAAUCAACAAAAAUGCUAAUAGAUUGUCUAGUAAAACAGCUAAAUCCUAUCACUGCUUAUAUCUCAAACCCUAAUAGCUCCAAAAACAAAGAUAUUGAGGAGUCAGAGCGGAGUAGGAAUGAUGAGGGUUCUAUUUUCUUAGAUAUUCAGGAGAAACGGAAGGGGAGUCACAACUACAACCACCUCACUUGCACAUCAAAUGUACGAACCCAGAGCAGGCAAUAUAUUAAUUUUAACACAUAA